AAACUUUCGUUGGUAUAGGGCAUUUUGUUUGUAGUGGUUACUCCUCAUUUGAUAUUUUAUCACGUUAAUAAAAGAUUAAUGUUCAUGUUUUGUUAAUUUUAACAGGAUCACAAGCAGAGGAGCAGAAGCAUAUGGAGGAAACAAAGGAAUUAGUCUUGGACAGUGGAUUCUCGGUGCCAAAAUCCUUGGAUUACAAUGUAGGUGAAAAGCAAAAGAUCGUGGAGGAAUUCUACCGAACGCAACACAUUAACCAAACACAUGAUUUCGUGAAAAGGAUGAGGGAAGAGUACUCGAAAUUGAACAGGAUGGAAAUGAGCAUAUGGGAAUGUUGUGAGCUCCUGAAUGAGGUGGUGGAUGACAGUGAUCCCGAUUUGGAUGAGCCUCAGAUUCAGCAUUUGCUGCAAUCUGCUGAAGCCAUUAGGAAAGAUUACCCUGAUGAAGACUGGCUACAUUUGACUGCCCUUAUUCAUGGUGACACAUUCCCUCUUGGAUCUGCUUUUGAUGAGGCUAACAUUCACUAUAAGUAUUUCAAGGAAAAUCCUGAUUUCAAUAAUCCAGCAUACAAUACAAAGAAUGGAAUUUACUCUGAAGGAUGCGGACUUGACAAUGUGAUGAUAUCAUGGGGGCAUGAUGAUUAUAUGUAUCUGGUUGCAAAGGAAAAUGGAACAACUUUACCUUCAGCAGGGCUGUUCAUUAUAAGAUAUCACUCCUUCUAUCCCUUGCAUAAGGAAGGAGCCUACAUGCACCUUCUUAAUGAUCAGGAUAAGGAGGAUCUGAAGUGGCUCAAGAUAUUCAAUAUUUCCCAGCUAAGCUCAGGUGGUGAGGCAUGGAGGUUUGAAUUUUGAAAGAUUUUUCUGAUAUGGAAGCUUGCGGUGAAUUUGAGAGUUUUUGGGACAUUCAUUUGGCAUUGAAGAAAAAAGGAUGAGAAAGUGUUAUGAUGAUUGCUUUUGUUUAAAUAGUUUCAUUUAAUUAUAAUAAGUUGUAGUUUGUUUGAGGUAAUUCAAACAGGUAUGAGCUUGUGUAGGUUCUUCUAUAGAUAUGCUCAUAUUUCUAAAACCGUUGUAUGUUGAUAUGUUUAAUUUAAUAAAUUGAAAUAUCCCUA